CCCGCCCUCGUUUCUUCAACGCUCUGCUCUGGCCGGGUUACGCAGCCGCCGUCGCCGGCAGGAGCAGUAUAGUUAGCAAGGGCUUUUUGACAGCCGUCCCCGGAGAAUCCGCGGCAGCUCCGGUUGGGUAAUUGGGAGCGGAGGGACGGCAGAAGUCCGCAAGAAACACCCGGACGCGGGAAGCAAAACGGGGUGUGCGUUUAUGCGAGCGCUUGCGCUUGGGUGGAAUAUGGAGAAGCCGAAGUAAAAUCGGGAAAGAAAGAGACGAGUUUGCAGAGAGCAGGGAAGAGGCAGAUCGCUAGCAAAAUUAACAGGAAAUGGAGGGAAAAAGCAGAGCAUUGGCCAACAAGACGCAGAGCUCAACGCUGAGUUUCUUCAUUCGGCGGAGCGCCCCGGACGGCUUCGGAUGUACCGCGCGAGGGCUUAAUGCCUUGUAACCAGCUUUGGUGCCUCCUCGGGACGUGGGAAUUAGUGGCUUAGAUUUCCCACCGCUUUUGUGAUCAACGGAGAUUGCGGCAUGAGGCAUAAGUAGCACCGAAAGUUCCUGCGGGUGGGGGCAAGGCGAGGCUACCGGGAUCAUGGCAAACCCUGCCGGCUUGGACUCCGCCACGGUGGAAGGUUUCUUAGACAGACACCCGGAGCUGGUGGAGAAGUGGCUGAAGAGGAGAACCGCCUUUCUUAGUAAAGGAGCUCCCGCGGGAUCGCCUGACUUCGGCGACGGCGGGGCGGUAAAGCAGCCAAGCAGACACCACAACGGUCUCUCGCCGCGGAGCAGUUCCUCUUCCACAGUCUCCCCUGGCCCGGAGCCGACGGCCGGCGGGCUGCUGCAACACCGAGGGUCCCAGAAAGAGCUGAGGAAAAGUUUCGCGCGCUCCAAGGCGAUCCACGUGAACCUGACUUACGACGAGCACCUCCACGCCAGGGCUCAGGAGCCGCUGAGCAGCGCGAGGAGAAGGGCGCUGCUGAGGAAGGCCAGCUCCCUGCCGCCCAGCACGGCGCACCUGCUCAGCGCCCUGCUCGAGUCCCGGGUCAACCUGCCCCAGUACCCGCCCACCGCUUUGGACUACAAGCGCUACCUGAAGCAGCACAACGAGCGGCAGUUCUUUCUGGAGCUCGUCAAGGACAUUUCCAACGACUUGGACCUCAGCGCCCUCAGCUACAAGAUCCUCAUCUUCGUCUGCCUUAUGGUGGACGCCGAGAGGGGCUCCCUUUUCCUGGUGGAAGGCGGCGGCGGCAAGAAGAGCUUGGUCUCUAAGGUCUUCGACGUGCACGGCGGCGCCCCCGUCCUGCCUUGCUACAGCACGGAGAACUCCAACGAGAUGCAGCUGCUCUGGGGCAAAGGCACCGUCGGUUAUGUGGCCGAGCACGGUGAGACCGUCAACAUGCCCGACGUUUACCAGGACCACCGCUUUAAUGACAAGAUCGACAAACUGACAGGAUACAAGACCAAGUCAUUGCUCUGCAUGCCUAUAAGAAACAGCGAGGGUGAAACCAUUGGAGUUGCACAAAUGAUAAAUAAAAGUCCUGGAGGUAUUCCUUUUACUGAUGAUGAUGAAAAAGUAAUGGAAAUGUACCUUCCCUUCUGUGGUAUUGCCAUAUCCAAUGCUCAAUUGUUUGCUGCUUCCAGGAAGGAGUACGAUAGAAGCAGAGCCUUGCUGGAGGUGGUUAAUGAUCUCUUUGAAGAACAGACAGACUUGGAGAAAAUUGUGAAAAAAAUUAUGCAUCGAGCCCAGAAUCUACUCAAGUGUGAGCGUUGUUUGGUAUUGCUUCUUGACGACAUUGAAUCACCAGAGGUAAAAUUUACCAAGUCCUUUGAAUUGAUGUCUCCAAAGUGCAUUGCUGAUACAGAAAAUAGUUUCAGAGACAAUUUGGAGAAACCAUCAGCAUCUUAUUCAGACUGGCUAGUAAAUAAUAGCAUUGCUGAACUUGUAGCUUCCACUGGUCUUCCAGUGAACAACAGUGAUGCAUAUCAAGAUCCUCGCUUUGAUGCAGAAGUUGAUCAGAUGUCUGGCUUUCAUAUAAGAUCUGUACUCUGUGUACCUAUAUGGAAUAACAGUCACCAAAUAAUUGGGGUUGCUCAGGUGCUGAAUAGACUUGAUGGAAAACCUUUUGAUGAUGCUGAUCAGCGACUCUUUGAGGCUUUUGUUAUAUUUUGUGGCUUGGGCAUCAAUAAUACUAUUAUGUACGACCAAGUGAAAAAGUCCUGGGCAAAGCAGUCUGUGGCUCUUGAUGUGCUGUCUUAUCAUGCAACGUGUUCAAAGGCAGAACUUGACAAAUUUAAGACAGCAAACAUCCCUCUGGUGUCAGAGCUUGGUAUAGAUAAUGUCCACUUUGAUGAUUUCUCCCUUGAUACGGAUACCAUGAUAGCAGCAGCCCUCCGGAUGUUCAUGGAGCUUGGAAUAGUUCAGAAAUUUAGAAUUGACUAUGAGACACUGUGUAGGUGGCUUUUGACAGUGAGGAAAAAUUACCGAAUGGUUCUGUAUCACAACUGGCGGCAUGCUUUCAAUGUGUGCCAGCUCAUGUUUGCCAUGUUAACGACAGCAGAAUUUCAGAAGAUUCUGACAGAAAUAGAAAUUUUAGCUUUGAUUGUUGGAUGUUUAUGCCAUGACCUUGAUCACAGAGGAACAAACAAUGCAUUUCAAGCUAAAAUUGGUUCUGCUUUAGCUCAGCUCUAUGGGACAUCUGCUACUUUAGAGCAUCACCAUUUCAACCAUGCUGUAAUGAUUCUUCAGAGUGAGGGUCACAACAUCUUUGCUAAUUUGUCCUCCAAGGAUUACAGUGAUCUUAUGCAGCUUCUGAAGAAGUCAAUAUUGGCAACAGACCUCACUCUCUAUUUUGAGAAGAGGACUGAAUUUUUUGAACUUGUCAACAAAGGAGACUACAAUUGGAAUGUUAAAUAUCAACGAGAGGUAUUCCGAUCAAUGCUAAUGACAGCCUGUGACCUUGGAGCUGCAACUAAACCAUGGGAGAUUUCAAGACAGGUAGCUGAACUGGUAACAAGUGAGUUCUUUGAACAAGGGGACAGGGAGAGAUCUGAACUGAAACUCACACCUUCUGCUAUAUUUGAUCGGAACAGGAAAGAUGAACUGCCUCGAUUACAGCUGGAAUGGAUUGAUAGUAUCUGCAUGCCUCUCUAUCAGGCCUUAGUGAAAGUGAAUGGAAAACUGAAGCCUAUGUUGGACUCUGUGGUGGCCAACAGAAAAAAAUGGGAGGAAUUGCACCAGAAAAGAUUGCUUUCCCAGACAACAUCCAACUUAGCCAUGUCUCCGGAGAGCAUAAAAUAAGUCUACAUCUGUUUCCUGUUCCUAGGAUAAGAGAGUCAAAAGAAUGCUUAACGUUUCGUCUCACAGUAUUUAAUCAAUAAUAUAAGGCAGGCAAGAACAUAUGUAAUGUCAGUGAAAACACUCUGGCUGGCCAGGCCUUAGCUUUUCCUACAGGCCAAGACUUGGUCUGAGGGGAGAAUCUACAGGGAGACGUUGGGUUGGGUUCUUGCAGUAAUCUGGAAAGCUUGGCCGAGUCCAGAUCGUGUCAGCUUCUUUCAGUAACUCUUAAGAAAAUUGGCAAAUAUGGUCACAAAGGAUUCAUAUAAGUGGAACUAAUGGUUCAGUAAAAUUAAUAAAAGUGAGCUGUGGCUGAUUUUAAAGAAAAUGCUGAAGCAUUUUCAAGAGACUCUGAAAAAAGGGAGAAUUUUUGUAAAAAUAUUUUGAGAUUGCUUCUUUCCAGCUUUUAUUAGUAUGAAUGGUUAUUCCUGCGCUUGUGAAAUUUGUCUUUUUACCCCUUUUAUGUUCUAUUUGGUUUAUUCAGCGAUGCCUGCUUUAUAUUCUGAAGAAAUAUGUUUUUUUACAACAAGCCUCGUAGGAUUCAACAGGGCUUUUAGAAUUGUCUCUCUUCGCUGUAUUUAAGGGAGGGGAAAUGAACUUUAUUACAUUUGAAAAGACAAACCUGCUCUGGCUUCCUUGAUUUCAUAUUAGCAACCAAAUUUGAAUUGCUCUGCAGGCAGAAGCUUAUAUAAAGGUAAAAUUCUGCAUGUUUCUUUUAGAAUUCCUGUAAUAAUUUAAUUUUUAAAGCUGCUUUGCACAUCUAAGAAGAGAAUCAGUGGUAUAUCAAGAAAACUGUCUAACAAAAACAAAACCUUGCCUUGGGUAGAGAACUUGCACUAUAGGAUAUGAACGUAGCUUUCUAGUACAUUUUCAGAAAAUUAUUAUUUUUAAGUCUGAUACGACACUGGAUGAUAAUAUGAAAAGAGCAAUGACUACCUCUGCUUUUUCUAGCUAUUUUCUUACACAUGUUAAUCUUUCUUAGUUAACAAAAAUUAAGUCACCAUUGCAUGUGCUCCAAUUAUUAUUAUUUUUUUGCAUGUUGGCAAUCCUUGAUUUAUAAAAUAUCUGCAGUGGAAAUGAACUCACUUCUGUUAAUGAAACAUCAAAUUUAUUUCAGCACUGGCAUGGCAAGUUACUGGAUUUCUAUUCCCUAAUGAGGUGUGGAAUUACAUCUAUAUUCCAUUCUCAUUGCCAGGUGGUCUAUAGAUAAAUUGUGCUUGCCCCAGGAAGGAUGUUGUACACAUGUCCAGCCGCAACGCAGUCAACACUUACUGAAAAGGUUUGUGAGCUGAGAACACCUGAGUCCAAACAAUGUGCAUGCCUAACAUGACAGCCUUUGUCAUAUGAAUUGGCAUGUAGUUAGGAUCCCAAAGUGCAGGAACAAAGAGAAGAUGGCUGGCUAUAAUUUCUGCUACCCUAUUAAACCCCUGCCAAAGAUCAUUUGGAAGUAAAAGAUCUCUAGCUACUUAGAAGAAUCCUUACAGAAGAAGGUGUUUGUAAAAGCAAUAUUAUUGCAUCCCUUCCCUUUCAGAACUUGCAGAAUUUAGAUCGCACAAAAGACGACUUCUAAAGGGAAAAAAGUGAAAUAUAUAUAUAAUGCUAUCAGAAAUCAGGCAAACUGUCUGGAUUAAAUCAAUUUAUGAGAGCAGUUGAAACAAUAAUGAAUAAAAGAAUAAUAGAGAAUCAGAAUUUUAUAUAAUUCUUUAAUAGCAAAGAAUCCUGGUUGGGAUGAGAAAAGCACUCUCCUGAAUUUACAAGAAUAAUUUUAAGGCAGAAGACUCACAACUUCCAUCUCUGCAUCUGCUGUACAACUGAAUCACUUGAUUUGAGGUUGGUAGGAGCUUGAUAGUGAAAGCUCUAAUAUGAUAAAAGGAGGGAUCCUUUUAUCAUUUCCUUAUAUCUGAAAGGCUUCCCAUUCAAGAUCCAGCAGAUUCUGAAUGUCAUCUGAGAGGUUCUGUGUCGAGUUUGAAUGGGAGGGGAGGAUUUAUGUCAACCGCAACAGUAGCAUUUUAUUAUUUAACAGAAAUAAGUGGCCCAAUGUAAUUAUUUUAGGGGACCUAUUCAAGGGCACUAAGGUCUGAUCAUUUACCCAAUUUCAGCAGUGGAAAUAAGCUAUUUCUCUUAGUGUAGCCAAACCUCUGGCUCUGCUAAGCCCUGGUACAGGAUGGGAAACCCAACACCUUCCAUAAAUUGUAAGAUACAACCACCAUGGUCUUGCUGAUUGAGCUGUGGUCCAAACACCUAAAGGACACCACAUUGCUUAGCAUGUAAAAUGUAGCGAGGCUCUCCAACAUUUCUCAAGGGUAGAUAAAGGAAGCAGAUGUCCCUGAGAGCUGGAUGGAAAAACAUUUGACUUGAUAUUCUCUUUCACUAUGGUUUAGGACUUCCAACCUUGAACAUUUCAUAGAUAGACAGGAAGGAAAUGGUUCUGCAAAGGUUCUUUUUCAUUUCCUCACUCAGGAAACCUAUAGUAUAGUUAGGGACGGGUAAUCUCUUAUCUAUGCCUUUUCUUUUAAUUCAAAAUUUAAUUCAAAUCACACUGCUAAUGGCUUAAUUACACCGAUGUUCUCUUCUCUUUCUCUCCAUUCAUACCUCAUUUCAUAGCUCCUGGAAGUCAUUAAAUGCUUGUCAAACUUCUGAGGGAAUUUUAAAACAUUGUUUUUUCUUACUACUGGCAAACUUUAUUGAGUUUUUCAGAGUGAAUAGAAAUGAAGUUGUUUAGCCUAAAGUUAAAUAUAUUGUUGUAAUGGAAUUUUUGCAAUUACACCCAUCAAGAUUUAGGCAGGAAACCAUUUAAAUGCUGUGAAUCCCUCACUUAUUUGCUAAGGAAAAGUACAAGCAAAAGAUCCAAUGGCUGCUUUACAGGAGUUUUAUUUCAAAACAAUAAUUAAGGGAAAUAUUUUCCUUAACCUCGUAUAAAUUACAGUGCAGAUCUAUUGAACGAUAAUGUAUAGGUAAAACACUGAGGAUAGAUGUGAAGCCUGUCACUAUUUACUUUUUUAACUAAAAUGAAAGCAUUCACCUAAAUAGAAUCUGUCACAAUGCAAAAGGACUUCCAAUGUGAAAUGUUUUCAAAUAUUUCUUGGUUCCAAACAUGCAUACAAAAAAAUACUUGGAAAAUAUGCCUUUCCCAAAUCCUAUCAGGAAACUAUAUACACAUAUAUACAUGUACAUAUAUAUGAAACUGCAUAACGAAAUAGGGAUUCUCAUUUUUUUUAAAAAAACUAUAAAAUGCAUGAAAUUAAAGGAACAUACUGAGAAAUGUUAGUGAUACCGGCCUAGCCCAGAUGUGGACUGAACUAUUUAUACAAUGGAGGGGUAUUUCCUUUGGCAUAAACAGAGCAGAUGGAAUCAUUUGCCUCUAAAAUAUGUUAUACAUCUACUAUAAAUUGAUUACUUUUCAGUUAAACAAUACUGGUAUAAUCAUGAAAAAGUGGCUUCUCUGACUCUGGAUGUUAGUAAUCUUGGCACUUUGAAUGCCGCAAAUGCAUGCUGAGCUGCAUAAUACAUAUUUAUUAAAUUUAGAGUUUCUGAGUCAUAGAACUACUUGACUCAAAUAAAUGCAAGAUUGUCUUGAAAAACACUUCAAAUAGAAUAUAAUUUUAAUGGAAAAACUAGUUUUUCCCUUUAUAGGGAAUUAAUUCUGAUUCUCUAGCAGGUACUCUAGGUAUCUGCCAUCUUCUACAUAAAUAUCUUAAGCACAAGAUUCAGAAAGCAAAUUAUUUAUUAUAUCACCCAUUUUGAAAUUGUAGUAGCAUUUUGUAUUUCUAGGAACAUGACAAACAAUCUGAAUCCUAAAUAUAAUCUAAUCUGAUCUCUACAACACUUUAUCUUAUCAAUGACAUACAUGGAUCCCAUAACUAGACCUGAUCCAUUUUUAAAAGCUUUCUCCCAACCCUGGUUAUUAGUACUAUUCACUUAGAUGAGUCUUCUGGAGAAGUUGAAAGCUUUUCCAUUCUGUGACAUUUUCAGUCAGUUAUAAUGCAAAUGUUACCCCCGCUCUUAAUAUUUUAGAAGAACAUGUUACUUGAACAAAAUACAAGAUGAUGGAACUUCUCUGUUCUUUUUCCAGGGGGAAUAGGACACGUAAGGAAAGGGAAGAUCUAUGUUAUUGUCUAAAAUAAAUACUUGUAGUCUUUUAACUUGUUUCUGUUAUUCCUCCUCCACUUUUCUUUUUCCUCAGUAAUAAAUAAAAAGGUGGGAUGGCAUACUU